ACCACAACACCUGUGCUUCAACUUCAAUCCACGCAGCUGUUCUUUGGGCCAAAGCUGUAAAACAGAUAAUAUUCGUGUUGUGUGUCUGUUGAUGUAGAGCAGUUUCUAUUAGAGCUAUAUAAACUAUCUGCAAAGAAAUGGCCGAGUCUGCAGCGAGUCAGUAUGAGGAUCAGUUCAUCUGUUCAGUCUGUUUGGAUCGGCUGAAGGAGCCGGUGACGAUUCCCUGUGGACACAGUUACUGUAUGAGCUGCAUUACUGACUGCUGGGGCCAGAAGGAGCAGGAGCCGCCGUACCGCUGUCCCCAAUGCAGAGAGAGCUUCAGUCAGAGACCUCUACUGAAGAAGAACACUCUGAUAGCUGAGAUGAUGGAGACGCUGCAGAAGACGUCUCUACAAACGGCUGCUGUGGAGUGUGAUGUUUGCACUACAGAGAAGAGCAGAGCUGUAAAGUCCUGUCUGCAGUGCUUGGCCUCCUUCUGUCAAACUCACCUGCAGCUUCACUAUCAAUCUCCUGCGUUUAUGAAGCACAAACUAGUCGAAGCCUCCAGAUUCAUUCAGGAGAACGUCUGCCUCAGUCAUGGGAAACCUCUGGAGAUUUACUGUCAGGAUGACCGUCAAUGCAUUUGUUGUUUGUGUAUGACUGACAAUCAUAAAAACCACAAUGUUGUAUCUAUAGAUUCAGAAUGGACUAGUAAAAAGAAAGAGUUAAAGGAGAUAAAGGUGGUGUGUCAAAAGCUGACUGAGGAACGAGAAAGAGGUCAGCAGGAAAUCAGUGAAGCUGUGAAGUCUUUUAAAAGUUCAGCACAAGAGGCCGUGGAGAACAUUGAGAAGGUCUUCACUGAGCUCAUCUGCUCUCUGGAGAAGAAACGCUCUGAGAUUAAAGAGCAGAUCAGAGAUCAGGAGAAGACUGAGAUAGAUCGAGCAGAGAAACUUCACAAACAUCUGGAUCAAGAGCUGACAGAACUCAGAAAAAGACAAGCAGAGAUUGAGAAACUUCUGAUUACUGAUGAUCAGAUCCACUGUCUGAAGAGCUGUCAGUCUGUGUGUGUUUUACCCUCAUAUGAAGACGUUCCCAGCUUCACUCAACACACUCAUCUGUCUUUUAAAGACAUUUCAAUCUCAGCAUUCAGAGAGGUUUUGGAGGACGUCUGUCAACAGCAAACAGCCAGAAUGUCUCGAGAAGUGUCAAAUGUUCAUGUUGCAGCGUCUCCAGAACCUGAAACUCCAAAUGAAUUUUGGCAGUAUUUCUGUCAACUGCAACUGGAUCCAAACACUGCACAAAAAAAACUCAUCCUGUCAGAAGGGAACAGAAAAGCAUCAUAUUCAGAUAAAGUCCAGCAAUAUCCUGAUCACCCAGAACGAUUUGAUAAAUAUAUGAAUGUCCUGUGUAGAGAGGGAUUGUACAGUCGCUGUUACUGGGAGGUUGAGUGCAGUGGGGACGACUGGUCUGUAGCAGUUUCCUACAGAGGAAUUAGUCGUAAAGGAAAAACUGAUGAUUGCAGACUGGGGUUUAAUAAUAAGUCAUGGAGAGUGACCCACUGUCAACAGAAUUUCUAUUUCAGACAUGAUAAAGAGCACGUCCUUAUUCGUGAUGUCCCCUCCUCUAGAAUAGGAGUGUAUCUGGAUCACAGAGCAGGAACUCUGUGCUUCUACAGCGUCUCUGACACAAUGACUCUACUACACAGAGUCCAGACCACAUUCACUGAACCCCUCUACCCUGCAUUUGGGGUUGCAUCAGGUUCUGUCAGGAUCAUAGAGCAGAGGGGAAUUCUCAAAGACCAGAAAUAAAAGACAAACAAAAUUUCUUAAACUUGCUCUAAUUUUUUGUAUACUCUUCUCUAUCCUGUACGAUAAAACCAAGACUAUUAAAGGUUCAUCAUUAAGACAAAAGGUGUCAACUUUAGCUCGUCAUGUCCUCUUGAGUUUCACAGAAAGGUCUUCAUUAUUGUGUGAACUAAUUCUGAAAUUAAAGCCUACUGGCAAUAAUACUAAUAAUAAUUCAAAUUCAGAAAAUCAUGAUCAGAUUUGAGAAGUGUUCUACAAUAACAAUGUCACUAAAUUUACUAACUUCUGUGAAGAAAAAAAUGCUUUUGGGAUUGCAUUAUUGCAUUAACAUGUUUAAUAAAUUUACUUAAUUUGACAUAUCUGAGUAAUUAUCUCUCUCUGUGUGUGUGUGACUGUUGCAUUUUCCAUGAAUUUUGAUUUAUUUUGGGGAGUAUUGUGGUGUUGUGUGAAGAAGUGAGCCGAAUAUUGAGCAUAGCUGCAUUAAUUACCACUAACCACAAUAUCCUACCACUGUCUCACGUAUUUACA